GAACGGACAGGGUUCCAACCUCGAAAAGCGCUUAGUUAAGGGUCAAUACGAAACUGAAAAUACCAAAACAAGGAUUGGCGUAUUAAGGAAAGCCCCGGUUGCAACGUCUUCGCCCGCCAUCCGACCCUUAACCAUUGAUCAACCCCGACAAUACAUCGCUCUGGCGGCGACCCCUCCAUCGAAACCUCAUCCAGCUUCCAGUGUGACGCUGAGCUGGCCAGCCAAGUUGAGAUAUUACCUUUGCAUCGUGCGCCUCUCCACGUCUGAUCCGUCGACAUGGAACAGACAAAGGCUUUGAAUGCCCUCGAGCCGUUCCUAGCUCUCACCAAGUCGGCGACCUCUCCUCGCGCAGCAGCUGACCUCGUUACCCGUGCUACAUCCCAUCCCAACACUUUCCUAUUCACCGAACUUCUCUGCACUCCACAGAUCCAGUCUCUCUCCCAGUCGCCCCAGUUCGCCCGGCACCUUACCCUCCUCGAGAUCUUCUCCUACGGCACCUACGCCGAUUACCAACAGUCCCUGCAACAGCAUCAGCAACAACAAUCACAACCGCCUCUGCCCCCUCUUAACGAAUCUCAGACUCUCAAGCUGCGCCAGCUCACCCUCCUUACCCUCGCCCGUGACCGAGCCAACCUAACCUACCCGCGCCUCCAGUCCGCCCUUGGCCUCCCGGACUCCCGCGCCCUGGAAUCUCUCGUCACAUUGGCCGUCUACGCCGGCCUUCUAACCGCGACCCUCGACCCCGCACGGCAGUACGUCCAAGUCAACGCCCUCUCUCCGCUCCGCGACCUCCGUCCGGGCGCCGUCGCGGACCUCGUCUCCCCGCUACGCACCUGGUCUGACCGCUGCACCACCACCCUCCGCGACAUCGAAGUUCAAACCGCCGAGAUCCGUGCCAACGCCGCCCGUCGCCACCGCGAAUCCGCCGCCCGCGACGCCAAGCUCGCCAGACUCGUCGACGAAGCCAAGGCUGUCCCCUCUGAGGGUGCUUCCGGCGGCGAUCGCUCCCGGCGAUCCGGUCCUCGGGCUACUACCUCGUAUAGUCUUCGGGGCGGAAGGGGCAGGGCCUUGAACAAGCGCGCCAGUAACCUGAUGGAAGGCACUGACGCCGUCGAUGACGAGACUAUGGAUGUCGACCAGGAGGAAGAGGAGCAGAAACGCGCGAGCCGGCGGAAGCUGUGAGACGUCUGCGUCCCGUCGAAGCUCAACCGAAUGCGAUAUAUCGCCCGACAUGAGGACCAA